AUGGCUGAGUCCUCCACAAACUCCCUUGGCCUUGAUUUCAAUAAUCUUUCCAUCAAGGAGACAGCUGAACCUCCUCAGACUAAUGCGGACGAGUCACAGGUGUUAGAAAAUCAGCCAGCAGAUGUGGAGUCAAGGGACGUGAAGGAGAAGAAGAAACCUUAUGUGAACCCCGAACGCGUCAAGACGGGCGGAGCGCAGAGGGAGAAACUCAGUGAAGAAGCGCUUGCUGAACGAAUGCAGCGUAUCAAAGAGCAGAAUGAGAAGAUUAAACAACGCAGAAUUGACGUACAAGCAGAUGAAGACGCGUUCAAGAAGACUCAGGAGGCCGACCGUGUGCGCCAAGCCCAUCAGCGCAAAGUGCAGGAAGGCGUUGACCGCACCCGCGAGCAGAACGCUCGGAGAAAAUUGGACAAGAUUCAGAACCGUGAAUGGGACUCUGGAAAGUCCCCGGGUGAUUGGAAACAGGCGAGGAACCCUGCUCCAACUGAGGAACCUGCAGCGGUUUCAAGUUCCUCGCCACCUGAACAUAGAGGGAGAAGGAGUGGAAGUGGCAGAGGAGGACCAUCGAGAGGUCGCGGGCGCGGGCGCGGAGGACCGUCUGUAGCUGGAUUUGCCAGCCCAACUAAUGGCACUCAAGUUGCCGAUACCUUUUCGUCCACCAAUGAGUCUACCCCCGUCGCGUCUGAGGAUCCUGAGGCAGUUGGAAUUGCUUCAUGA